GAUCAGCUGUAACAAGUACAAAAUUAGAACAAGAGAAAGAGUGCCAGGCAAUAUAUUGAGGAAGAACCAAAGAAGAGAAAAGGGAUAGGUGCAAUAAGAAAAGGGUCAAAGACACUUCUGUUCCACUUACUUCAUCAUGGAAGGAUCUGAUAAAGCUUUGUCAUACAGCCGAGUGGAGUUGAUUGAUUUUGAAGGCGUUCCUCUGGUCCAUUUUAUCACUGACAGCUGGGAGAACAUUAAAAACUUCCAAGCAAGACCAGAUGACAUCCUCAUCGCCACUUAUCCCAAAGCAGGGACUACCUGGGUGUCCUAUAUUUUGGACCUGCUCUACUUUGGCAAUACAUCGUCUGAGCGCCAGACUUCUCUACCCAUCUACUUGCGAGUACCUUUUCUUGAGGCAAACAUCCCCAAGAUGCCUUCAGGGGUGGAGCUGGCAGACAAGUUGUCCACCACGCCACGCCUCAUCAAAACGCAUCUCCCUGUUCAGUUGGUGCCCAAGUCCUUCUGGGAACAGAAUUGUAGGGUUGUCUAUGUAGCUCGCAAUGCCAAAGAUAACGCUGUAUCUUAUUAUCACUUUGACCGGAUGAACAUGAUAGCACCGGAGCCAGGAGACUGGAACACCUACCUACAAAGGUUCAUGGAUGGAAGGACCAUGUAUGGUCCUUGGUAUGAUCAUGUACGUGGAUACUGGGAGAAGAAGCAGACGUACACAAAUCUUCAUUACAUGUUCUUUGAGGAUAUGGUGGAGGACACUGGGCGUGAGGUGGAACACUUGUGCUCCUUCCUUGGUUUAUCUACAUCAACAGAAGAGAGGAAGAGAAUUACGAAAGGCACUCACUUUGAUGCCAUGAAGCAGAACAAUAUGACCAACUACUCUACAGUCCCAGUCAUGGAUUUCAAGAUCUCACCAUUUAUGCGCAAAGGGAAAGUUGGGGACUGGAAGAACCACUUCACUGUGGCUCAGAAUGAGCAGUUUGACAAACACUACAAACAGAAGAUGAAGAGCACCACUCUGCAGUUCCGAACACAGAUUUAAGAAAUCCUACAUAAUACACACUAUGUGUUGGCCUUGUUUAUUCAAGCAUUUUUUUUUCAUGAAUUGGUAUGUAUUGUCAGGUAUUGUUUUCCCUCCCAUGCACAGUUUUCAGUCAGGCAACUUUUCUCUCACGCACACGCACAAGCACAAACACGCAAACCCUCAUCCUGAUAAUCUAACAGUACGGCAAGAUAGUGACAGACGCCCCCAUGAGUUUCGCUCAUGCACAUAAACACACAGUUGAGGGAAAUGAACUGGAUUAACAGCCAAUUGUGUUGUUUUAGCACAAUGAUGAAAAAUCUUGUAAAAGCCCCAAAGGGGACAAUUAACAUGCAAACUCGUCUCUACUAAGCUGGCUACAGGCCUACAUGAUGACUUAUCCUUUUGCAUGUGUAUCACUGCUAAUGAUCAUUGUAGCGAUUCAUGACAAAAAUGUAACUAAUGCUGUUUUUGAGGCAAAAUGUUUAUGGAGGACCUCAUCCCUUUCUGAGGGGGAGAAUCUUUCACCAAUGGUCUAACAAUACAUUCUCACUUCAUGAAAAAAGUCUUUUUUUUAA